CAACAGCAGACUUCCUGUUGAAAUCAGUGUAAGACGCAGCAGGGAAGGAUUAUUUAGUUCCAUUUACAUUUUUUUUAAGGUUCUUUCAUUGUUUUCUUGUGAUAAUUAUUUCAAAAGGAAUCUGGUAGAAACCCAAAGAUGAUUCCAGAAAUCUUAAGUUUCUCUAAAUGUCAAAGAAACGACACCUUAGAAAUCAGCCGAUGGCAGAGAAGAUAGUGGAUAAAUAAUAAAAAUUCAUACACAACAAACAAUAUUAAUAAUAAUAGCAGAUUAAUAAUAAUAGAUAUAUAUACUGGAGGAGGAACCCUGGAGGAGGAACCCUGCAGGUGUCAGGAUGUUCUCCCAGCUGCUGCAGUAAUUCCAGAGCUUUAGGGAGGAGGAGAGUGCUGCAGACGGAUUACUUGAGGUUAAUUUCAUCGCUGAGCAGAAGCAGAAGCUGCUGGAGAGUUUUAACCUUCCUGACUACAGACAUGGUGCUGGACGUGGAGCAGAUCAUUGAGAACGUUGUCCGAGGAGACCAGGAUGCUGUGCAGCUGCUGCUGGGCGACUACAACACCAGGUAUGCAGAAUGUUUCUUCUUUACAACUGAGGAACAGGACAGGAAGAAGCAGCAACAGCUGGAGGAGUUCGGAAAAACAAAGGUGAGAGAUCAUGAUCCAGACUCUGGUUCCGACUCCGACUCAGAAAACGACCAACCUGACCUGGUUCUGCGGCAGCAUCUGGCUGCGGCGCUGCUGAGCUUCAUCAGUAAUCAGCUCCAGCCAGCAGUUUUACAGGUUUGCCUUCACACUCUACGGAUCCUGUCCAGGGAUCGAAGGGCCCUGGGGCCCCUGGUCUCCGAUAAGGCCCUCUUCAUCCUGGCUCAGCUAGGAGGCAUCGGCCUGGAGCAGGGAGGAGCUGAAGAUCGGUCGUCCGGAGGAGCAGCGAGCAGCCAGAUGGGAGGCGAAGCUGCUUUGGUUCCUGUCGAGGUUUCUGCCUCCAAUGGCUCCGAUCCAUCGCUGUGGAGGAAGGUCCGGUGGUGCUGCUCCGAGGGAAGAAGGACUCCUGGACGGGGGAGCAGGGAGGAGCCGGAGGAGGACGGGGAGGUGUCCAGGAAGGAGGCCAUCAGUCUGUGUAAUGUCGUCUACAACAGCCCUCGAGCCCAGGAGAGGGCCAGCGCCCUCAGGCUUCUGCAGGGUUUAUGGGAGAACCUGAAGGCAGGAAUCUGCAGCAGCGAGCCGCCCAGUGGACAGUUUUACCGGCUGAGACUCCUCUUCCUUCUGACGGCACUGAGGCCAGAGCUCAGGAUGCAGCUCAACCAAGAUCGAGGUGUGCCGGUGCUGACCAGAGCUCAGUAGAGCGCCUCCUGGCUGUCAGGUUUACGACGGAUACGAGGUUCUGGCGACGCCUUACCUUCUCCUGUCUCCAAGGAAACAUCCCAGGAAGUCAUCGAGAUCCUCAAAACGUUCAACGUCGCUCACGCAUUCCACAGAGAGGACCAGACGAGACACACUGUCAACCUGCUGUCAGCGCUGCCUCUUACCUGUCUGGACGUCCUGCUCGUCCGGCCCGACCAGACAUCCCACCAGUGGGGGGGAGUCAACAUGGACUGUGUCCACUCACUGCUGCUGUUCAUGGACCGCGCAGCAGAACGACCAGAACCUGUGCUUGGUCAGAAGCUGAAGGAGAAACUGAUUCCUGUCCUGAACCUGUCUGAAAGUUCUCGAGUUCACCGGGAGACGCGUCACUUUUUACGGCAGAAGGGUUCCUUUCACCUCCUAAUCUUACCUCCUCUGAGGGACGUCGGCGUCCGACCCGAGCAGGACAAUUCUCUGAGAGGACAGCUGGUCCGACUCAUGACUCACGUGGACACGGAUGUGAAGCAUUGUGCUGCUGAGCUGCUGUUUGUUUCUGUGCAAAGAGAACGUAAGCGGUUCGUUAAAUAUACGGGUUAUGGAAACGCUGCUGGGCUGCUGGCGGCUCGAGGCCUGCUGAACGGCCGGCGCGGCUUCAGGAGACGGACUCUACGCCGCUCGCUAACUCCAGGCGACUCGGACUCGGACACGGAGGAAUACCGGGAGCCCAGAGCCAAUAACCUGGUGACGGGUCGGGUGGAGGCGGAGCAGCCGGACCGAUGAGGGGAUGACGGAGGAGGAAAGGAGCAGGAGCCCGUAACUCUGAUCAGCAUGAUCAACCGGCUGUCACGGGAGCAGAUCAUCCAGCCCAUGGGCGUCACCGGAGGGCGACUGGCUCCACUGUGGGCUCCGAUGAGAGGAAGCCCUCUGGAGGAGGAGGAGGAGGAGGAGGAGGAGGAGGACUGGGAGCUGGAGGGGAGGAAGGACCCGCAAUAGAGUAGAAGCAUGGAAACGGGAUGUUCAUGUAGUCCUGCUGUUCCUACAACACUGGUUCUAGCUGGAAUUACUUCAGUUUUAAUCAGUAACAGAAAUGAUACAAUCUAAAAUAAACACUUCAGAGGAACCGUCCAAUCACAGCAGUUAGAGACAGACACCAGUCCAGAUCUUUUCCUCCAGCUUCACAGUGAGCUGCUUUCAUCUCAUUUUUAGUAAAACUUUGAGCAUUUUUCAGGAGGAGUCUGUUGUUUCGCAGAAAUCUCUGCUUUGUAAACUUCUAGAUUUCAUCUCAUCAAACAAAUUAAAAGAAACCUGCUAAGAAU